GAUGGCGGCGGCGGGCCGGUGGCGGGCCGGGCUGGCCGUGCUGGCCGUGGCGCUGGGGCUCGGCGGGGCGGCGGCCGAGCAGACCGAGGAGCACCUGAAACGGGAGCACUCGCUGUCCAAACCGUACCAGGGUGUGGGCUCGGCCAGCUCGGGGCUCUGGGACCUGCUGGGGAACGCCAUGGUCAUGACCCAGUUCAUCCGCCUCACCCCCGACGUGCAGAGCAAGCAGGGAGCCGUGUGGAACCGGGUGCCCUGCUACCUGCGGGACUGGGAGAUGCAGGUGCACUUCAGGAUCCACGGGCAGGGCAAGAAGAACCUCAACGGGGACGGCUUCGCCAUCUGGUACACCAAGGACAGGAUGCAGCCGGGACCUGUUUUUGGCAGCAAGGACAACUUCCUGGGGCUGGGAGUGUUCGUGGACACGUAUCCCAACGAGGAGAAGCAGCAGGAGGCUCAGAAGAGGAGGUACAGCCCUGGAAACCAGCGUGUCUUCCCCUACAUCUCGGCCAUGGUGAACAACGGCUCGCUGACCUACGACCACGACCGCGACGGGCGCCCCACCGAGCUGGGCGGCUGCACCGCCAUGGUGCGCAACCUCAACCACGACACCUUCCUGGUCAUCCGCUACGUCAAGAGGAGGCUGACGGUGCUGAUCGACAUCGACGGCAAGCACGAGUGGCGGGACUGCAUCGACGUGCCCGGCGUGCGCCUGCCCCGCGGCUACUACUUCGGCACGUCCUCGGUCACCGGGGACCUGUCCGACAACCACGACAUCAUCUCGCUGAAGCUCUACCAGCUGACGGUGGAGCGGACGCCAGAGGAGGAGAAACGGGACCGGGAAGUUUUCCUGCCUGUGGUGGACAACCUGAGGCUGCCGGGAAUGGAGGCGCCGCUGGAGCCCAUGAGCGGCCUGGCCCUGUUCCUCAUCGUCUUCUUCUCGCUGGUGGCCUUCGUCUUCGCCAUCGUCAUCGGCAUCAUCCUCUACAACAAGUGGCAGGAGCAGAGCCGCAAGCACUUCUACUGACCCGGGCUGGCACUGGCCACAUCCCCGGUGCCACCCGUGCCAGGCUGCCAGGGACCCCAUGGUGCCACUUGCCACCCGUGCCAGGCUGCCAGGGACCCCACGGGACGGUGCCAGCCUGGUUGAGGAGCGCU